UUUUUUCUCCACAAAAAUAUGCAAAUAUCACAUCACAAGACAGCACUUUCCACUGUCCCACCCCUCCAGUGAUGAUGUUCUACAUUUAAUUAAAACUACUUUUUAAAAAAGCUUCGUAGGACACAAUCUUACCAAAUGGUUGGUGUUUGCACUCUAUUACGCGUUUAUUUAUUUUAGUAGCCCUACACAAAAAAGUGUAGCCUAUGUAGUGCAACUUUGCUGUGAUCUCGCUGACAGUCUUGGGUGAGUGAAUGGUGCGUUUGAAGGCGGAGGAGUGUGUCCAAUGGCGCGGCUGAGGAGGCGGUGUAUGGUGACAGAGAGAGGCGGGCUGUGCAGCAGCCAGCUGUUGGAGAGCAGCGCUCCUGAACCAUCCGCUACUACCGCACCAGGUGAAUAUCUCAACAUCAACACCGAGACAAGGACACGAAGCAAAACACUUCUGCUCAUCGAGACAUAGAUGUUUUUUUCCAUCUGCGACUUUUGCUGUCUGAUUGGUUCCUCGAUCAAGCGGGUGAAACUCCGGGGGUGAACAGAGAGAAGAAGAUCGAGAGCAGGUCAGAGUGUCACACUGCAGAAAAAAAUGGGAAGAAAGAAAAUACAAAUCUCUCGUAUUCUGGACCAGAGGAAUAGACAGGUGACUUUCACCAAGCGUAAGUUUGGUCUGAUGAAGAAGGCCUAUGAGCUGAGCGUGCUGUGUGACUGUGAGAUCGCCCUCAUCAUCUUCAACAGCACUAACCGUCUGUUCCAGUACGCCAGCACAGACAUGGACAAAGUGCUGCUCAAGUACACAGAGUACAGCGAGCCACACGAGAGUCGCACCAACACGGACAUACUGGAGACUCUGCGUAGGAAAGGUCUCGGUCUCGAUGCCUCAGAGCUCGACGGUGAGGAGAGCAUGCAGGUGGCCGCAGACAAAUAUCCUCUCAGCGAGGGCAUGGAUCUCUCUGUGGCUCGCCAACGCUUCUAUGGCCCAUCGCUUCUCUCACCGGAGGCCCAGUUCCUGGUGUCUGCAGGCUGUGAGAACAGCUUCCCCAACUCCUCCGGAUCCAGCAUGGCAUCCCACAGACCCCCAGGCUUUAAACCUCUGACAUCCAGACAUGGCUCUGCCAGCCCCGCUGCGCCACACGCACACACUGCAUUCAUGUCGCCACACUCAGGUAUUGGCUACUCCGUGUUCUCCCAUGGCAACCUGAAUCGAGCUCUGGAUAUGAAAAGCCCUCCUCCUCUGAACCUGGGGGGUGAAAACCUUCGGGGAGAUGCUGCUAAUCAGGGCAUGGGGGCCACACGUGCAAACCACAGCUCUGCUAGGGGGGUCUUGUACCAGGGCCUGCACAGCGGCAGCUCCAUGGUAGCCAUGGGCAAGGCAGGGCUGCUGGGUCACAGCUUGGGAGGCUAUGGCCUCCCUUCUCAUGGAGCCUCUGAGUACAGCCAACCUGGUUUCUAUCACUCUGUUAAUCUACAGCGAGGAGCAGUGAAUCCCUGGCAGCCUGCACAUCCGCCUCAGGAGCACCAUGGGAUGUCCAGUGGAGGGUGCUCCUUCCCCUCCCAAUCUUGCUCUUCGACCUCUCCACAUCUCCCAUCUCUCAACCUCAGCAUCAAAUCGGAGCGUAGCUCUCCUGAGCACAUGUCCUCGCCCGCCUCCCCUCCUCUACACCACCUCAGGCAGCACUCUCCAAUGAACAACCCCGAUUCGGCUCGCCAUACCCCUCCGGAAGCCCGUCCAGCCAAUGAGACGAAGGAGUUUUCCAAAGCCGGCUACCCACAAGACGAAGAGGAAGGAGGGCAGCCGCUCAGGCAGUUAGAGAUAAGUGAUGGGUGGCAGAGAUAGCUGGCUGCUGCCGUCUAAUACCCAUUCAAUCAGCUAUCUUCCAUCAAAACCAGUCCUCUCACUCACACACACACACACACAUGCACACCACAGAAGAUAGCAAGAUGGGGUCAAUUUGUCCCCAUCAUCCCAGAGAGGAACGCCUCUCUUUGUCUCCUUACACAGAGCUGGUCUCUCCUGGGCGAUGGAGAAUUUUCUCUGCAUCACUUGAUUGGUCCCAUGAGGAGACACAUGCAAACAGACAUUCGCUUUUUGUUUGGUUAGGUUUUAGUUUUCUGUGUGGAGCAAAAAUAAAAUUUGAACUGUGUUCGUUUUGUUCUGUUACUUUUUUGAAGUUAGCUGCAGCAGCACAUCGGGACCAGCUGAGUUUCUCCAAAACUUCAAAACCGCCUUAGCCGUCAGCCCAAAAUCAGUGACAUGGUCUCCCCACAUAAAACAAGUUAGAUAUCACCCGCUGCUGGAGCCUUGGUCUUUUCUGAAAUACGCUGGGACAUUUUAAAAGAGAGUUCACAUUUUCUCAAGGCUGCGUUUGAACAAUUAUUAAUAGUAAAAUAGUUUUUGUUUGCCGUAAUUGAUCCUCCUAUCCAUACCGGUGGUGAAAAUAUCCAUUCAUAAUGUACAUCUAAUAUAAGAAAUCAGUCACAGUCUUUAUGCUGUGCGGUCUAAAAUUCAGCUGAUAGGAGGCUUCAGACAUCUGAGACAGUCAAAUGAAGUUGGUGUCUUUGGUGAUUUACAGAGUAACACAAAUAGGGUGUUUUGUACUAGAAAAUACUGUAUUGAUUGAUUUAUCUGACUGCUGAAGCUGAGCAGGGGAUCUCUUCAGGGCCAGCAUGGACAGGAGGAACAAUUACAGCAAACCAAAAAAUCUUUUAAUGUACAUGGGGACAAAUGGGUAUUGUUCGGACAGACUUGUGAAUCAAAAUGUGAAUCUACCCGUACAUAGAAAUUCUAGGCAUCAGGUGUGUCUCAGGGACUUGGAUGAUGGUUUCUUUGGGAAGUUCAUAAAAUGGCUUCCUUCUAUGUGUGUUUGUAAGACUGUAAUUGUGGAUAAGCUAAGCAUUAGUUAUGUUAUUCCUUCAAAUAAUGCUAGUUUCACCUUUUUACUUUACUUUACUCUACUUUUCAAUAAUUAAAGUUGUGGCAGUCUCCUCCAACCAAAGUGUUCAAAUAUUUUCCCUAUGCACUGCAAUCAAAUACUGAAACAGCCAAAGACAUUGUGUGUUUGUCUUUAUUGGGUCUAAUUUGAGUUAAGUAAUAUACAAAUUGUAUCAAUUCUUUUUCCUGAAGGGCUUUAUUUAGUAAUUGCAUAUUGUAAAUAUUAUUACUGCCAUUAUUGUCUUGAUAUUUAGAAAUAUAUGAGACACUGUGUAAUGAAUGAGUCUCAAUAUUCAUAGGAUGUUGCAUUUUUAACCCCCCCCACAAAUUACUUUUUUGUUGAGGAAUGUUUAGUUUUCAUUAUAUCUUUAAAUGUAAUUUGCACUGUAUUUUUGUGCACUGGAUUUCUGUGUGUUUUAGUGUUGCAUAUUCAACUUUUGUUCCAUGAAUGACAAAACAUACUCGGGUUUGAAUGAAUUUCCACUUAUCGUCCACAAGGGGUCAUCUUAUUUCAUAACAUUUGGAAGACGCAAGUUCAGUGGUUCACCCUGAAGACCUUGAACAACUACAUCAUGACAAACUCUGCAGAGAUUCAGUGAGCUGGCCGGUGGAGGUCUUCAAGUUCAAGUGCUGCUGUGGAAUUAGCUCUUUUUUAUGCAGUUAUGUGGAUUAAUAUCAGCAUGAAAAACCAAAUUAUCAGUAUUCUGAUGUUUUGGGUUGACAAAGAUUUAUAUUUGACAUGUGUUGUGAUUCCUUUUAAAUAAAAAAAACGGUUUGAUUUGUA